UCCCUCAGUCAUGUAGGAGCUGCGAGUUUGAUAGCACGCACUUUUUCGCGCUCCUCAUUUGAAACCUCAAGGUGCUACCUACUUAGUCACUAACGUUACGUAUGCUACAUUUAAGUGUAGAUUUCUCAUGGAGCCUUUUGUACUGCAGUGAACCUUAUAAAAAAACAUCAGCGACUCGACCCCAUUGGAAUUUAGCGGAGACGCUUUUGUGACUGUGAUCAAGUGUAACAGAAAUUUUUCAGUGUUGAUAUUUCUCUAAAACAACGAACCCUCCUGAAACAACGGUUACUUUGUACGCAACGCGGCUGAUUCCCAUCUGGACCUCAAACGAAUUUUAAGUGCCAUCGUUGUGUACAAUUGGAUCCUCCUGGUAAACCCCACCGGCCCCCCAGUGACCUGUCCAGCCUUCUGCCACACUGCCAAAUUAUUCCCCAAGCUACUGUGGUUGACCUGAAGUGACCGUGUAUCAUAUUCCUGUGCAGAUUCCACCUCAGCUCCUGCUCUCGGCUGCCCCUACAAACCUGAUCUGUUUUGCCUUUUGGAGAGACGUAGGGAGCCGAAGUGACCCCGAGCGAGCGGAGGUAGCCCAGGUCACAUGCGACGACGGCUCUUCCGGUGUAACCUUAACUGACACGCCUGGCCAAGGUCUCGGUCUGGUUGGAUCAUUAAAGUUGUGGUGGCGGGAGAGUGCGCGCCGUAGUGUCGUCGGACAUGUGGACCGCUUGGUAACGCUAGUGAAAAUUAGUUAACAAGUGGUGGGCUGUAAGCACCAUGGCUGGUGUCAGAACCAUGUACGCUCCAUCCCCAUACACCGACUCCCUCAGACUCUGGAACUUCGCCGGCGUUUUCAACUACCUCUCAGGCGACAAGGGUGUGAACGAUAAGGGUGUGAGUCCCCAGACACCAACGGACGAGGCCGCCACACCCACCAAUGCCCCCAUCAGCCCUCCUUCCGAUGCCCUCACACCCACGUCAGAUGCUACCAUGGGAGAUGAGGGCGACUUCUUGAGCGGCGCCAGCGUGUCGUGUUCGGUGUGCCACAAGAAGUUCGCCAACAUUCACCGCCUGCAACGACACAUGAUCUCCCACCAGGAGUCGGACGUACUCAGACGGUUUAAGUGUGACGAGUGCGGCAAGGCCUUCAAGUUCAAACACCACCUCAAGGAACACAAGAGGAUUCAUAGUGGUGAGAAGCCCUUUGAGUGUGAACACUGUGGCAAGCGGUUCUCCCAUUCAGGGUCAUAUUCUUCUCACAUGUCCUCCAAAAAAUGCCAGCUUGGACGUGGCAGGACUAAUGGUCUGAUGCAACGUACAUCCCCACAGUUUCCAGGACCCCAUACCAAACGGCCUAUCCUUAAUGGAUCUUACUUACCAAUCUUACCCAAGGACAAGUCUCCAACCCAUUCAGCAGAUCUCGGGUAUUCCUCACCAACACGCCCCAUCUCUAGGGACUCUCUCCUCAUGUCUCCACCAUCACUAGUGUCUCCAAGUGGCCUCAGUAGUUCCAGUCUAACUGCAGGCUUGCCACAGGGAUUUUCCCAGAGUUUACCUCAAGGGCUUUCAGGCAAUCUCCAUCAAAGCUUGUCACCCUACCACCCUUUCAAUUCCCUCAUAUUGGCUGCACAACUCCACCCUCAGUAUUCAUCGCUCCUCUCUCUCACCAUGACCCAGGCAGCCCUCAACAAAGCUCAUCAGGAAGGUAGUGGAGAAAAAGACCACUGUGAAAAUGCACCACAGGAAGAUGAUGAUGACAGAGAGCCAGGUGAACUUGUUAUCAAGGAAGAGACAAGAGAGGAGGAAGAGGAAGAAGAGGGAGAACUUCAACAAGAAGAAAGUAAGCAAAACGAAAAGAACGACUUUCCAAAUAAGAGUGAUAAGGAAGGUAUGUCCACAUUGAAGAAAAUGUUAGAAAGUGUCAACACAAGUGUCACAAAACAUCAGUUUGAAGAAACAGUAUCAUCAGCUUCUCAGGGCUUUGCACUAGACUCUGCAGCCAUUGCUGAUGACCUUUCUUGUAGGCUGUGUGGCAGUACCUUCAGAAAUCGUAGUGAAGCUUUUCUACAUGCCUGCCGCCAGUGUCCGCGUCUUCCUGAAGUUACCUCUGCCAAGGGACAUCUAAUUGAGGGUCUGGCAGCAAGGUUACACGAGCUAGCAGAAAAUCAGAAACCUCAACGCCAUCAACAACGGCAGCAACCAUCUCAACAUAUUUCUCAGUCCCAAUAUAUGCAUAGUCGGGUCAUUUUGAGUAGGGAUGAGGAGAGAGAUGCAGAUUCUGGCCAUAUUGUAGAUGAUGAAGAGACCACCAGUGAUGGAAAGAAGGUUCGUGUACGUUCUCACAUCCGUGAGGAGCAGCUUAUUGUCCUGCGAGCCCACUAUGCUAUUAACCCCCGACCUAAGAAAGAAGAAUUGCUAACCAUUGCUGAAAAGAUUGGUUUUCCAGUUCGAGUGGUGCAGGUAUGGUUCCAGAAUGCUCGAGCUCGUGACCGUCGUGAGGGUCGGUCAAUUACCCCAACACCAACAUACUCCCAGGCCAGUUACCCCUCAAGCUACAGCAAUCCUAGCCAUACUCCUGCUAGCUAUACUCCUUCAAGCUAUGUUCCUAGCAGCUAUGCUCCGCCCAACACUCAGGCUAAUCCCAAGGCCUUAAGCAUUGGCUCCUAUUACUCGUCCCUGUUGGCACCACCAGGUCUAGUCUACCCUCUUCACAAUGGUCGUGCCUCGCCAAUACCUGCAGAUGGAGCAGAUGGAAAUGAUGAUGACCAACCGCUUGAUCUCUCCACAAAAAAAUCGUCUCCAUCAGCAUCACCAAAACCAGCCUCUGUAUAUUCUGAUUCAGAUGCAGAUUCCACCUCAUUGGCAAUUUCUUACAAAUCUGAAUCUCGCACACCUACACCUAACUCUCUCAAUAAUAAUAUAGCAGAACAAAAAGAAUCAAGUGGGCUAACAAUGACUGGUUUGCCCACUAUGAUCUCUGAACAACACUGCAAGUUGGCACAGAUUCUCCAUGGGGCAAAGCUUGGCUUGCCAGCAUUGUAUCCUGACCAUAUGGAUUCCAGUGAGAAACGACCGAGGGAUGAUGACAGUGGUGAUGAAAGCCGCAAGAGACGCCGUGAGGAAGAGGGUGGUAUUUUUCAGUGUGACCAGUGUGACAAGUCCUUCAAUAAACAAUCGUCCCUUGCCCGCCACAAGUACGAGCACUCAGGCCAACGCCCAUUCAAGUGUGAUCUCUGCCCCAAAGCAUUCAAGCACAAGCAUCAUCUAACAGAACACAGUCGACUACAUACAGGGGAGAAGCCUUACCAAUGCCACAAGUGUCUCAAGAGGUUCUCUCACUCGGGUUCCUAUUCUCAGCAUAUGAACCACCGAUAUUCAUAUUGCAAGCCCUACCAUCCGGAUGGCACUGCCCCUCAUUCAGAAUCCUCUACUCCCGUCCCUUCACCAUCAGACAGUGGCGUUGGUAUUAUUAGUAGUGCUGGGGAAGGUGUGUCAGUAAUUGUUACUGCCACAGCUGAUUCACUCUCUACAGUACCUCUCAUCCCAUCCCUUAUCUCACCAGUAGAGGAGUCAUCUGAAAACACCUCACCUGCAACACUUCCUGAAGCCCUCGAGACCACACCUACUACUAUAAAAGAAGAAGUUGUGGCGUAAAUCUGUGAAAUAUCUCAUGAACUGAGAAACAAAAAUUGUGAUGCAAAGAAUGUGUGACAACGAACAGAUAUUAAGAGAAUUUCCUAUAACAUUAAUUAAAUCAAAAUAGUGACUUGCAAUGGCAUGUCUAUGAUCAAAAAAUCAGUGAUGAAAGACGUAAAGUAUUUGAUGUUUCUUAUACUUGACAUAUUGUAAUGAGGGAAGCCUGCAUGCUUGGUGUGCAAUAUGUCGAGUGAUGUGCCACUUACAUUGCUAGAUUUACCUGGACAUACUAUGCAGUGUUUCUUUGUUAUUUAAAAAGAAUUAUAAUUAUAUUUACUUUUGAAUAGGAUUAAUGUGAAUUCGCAUGUGCCAAUCACUUUUAUCUUCACUUACGAAAACUUUUUAAGAGGGUCCUUAAGGCUGGAACCUGGAAAUGGGGCAGCUUCCUCUUGGUCCCUCAUCUUUCUCUCUUUCUGUCAUUCUCAUAGUUAAGUAGUUAUGAUAGUUAGGCGUUGAACCAAGGCGGGUUAGGCCCUUACACCUCCAGCCAGUACCUGUCCAAUACUCAAGUGUAGUGCCAGAGUGUAGUGCCGCAUAAAGAAGCAGUGUUGCCAAGAAAGAAUAUAUUUAUAUUUGAGAGAAAUAUGCAUUUGUAUUAUUAAUAUUGUCUGUAGAAGGAAUAUAUUAUUAUGAAGUAUUUUUUAUGUUUCACUUUCUUUUAGUAGCCUGGAGAAUUGCAAUUAAUGAAUUAUCUUUUAAGCACUCCUAAAAGAAAGUAAUUAUCUUCUGAAGAGUAGUGGGCAACACUGCAGUGAAGUAAGAAGAUGAGCAGGUAUUCCGCUAAUAAAUCCACUGUCUUCCAUAAGCGUACUAGGAACAAUACACGAUUCCCAGCGUCUAGUACUAGUGGAUCCCUCGUGCCUCGUGCCAGCAUCCUUAAUAGUGAUACUACCAGCUACCUUGGCUCUUGAUAAAUCAGUGUCAAAUUUAUUGCUUAACUAAAAGACAAAUAUAAACUUAAAACAAAGGACCAUUGUAGCUGGUUAUGUCAUACUGUUAGUCCAAAAUAAUCUCAACAUGUGCAAUCUUUCUAUUUUCUAGAUUUCCAAGGCAUGCCAUGUAGUUCUAUCAUUUUUCGAACAUUCUGAAGGUUCUCUUGUACCUCUUCGCUUCAGUUAUUCAAGUACUGACAACAUGAUUCUUUAACGUGUCUGUCAGCUGCAUUGUUAGUCAUAUUGCUAGUCUAGUUAGUUUUCUGUUGUCUUUUACUUGGCACUUGAUUAUCUUGCAUCUUUUAGCUUUCAGGAGCUAAUUUCUUCAUGCUACUUUCUUAUCUAUAUUGUCAAACGAAAUGCCAGUUUAACUUGGUUGUAAGCAACGAUUGUGCCAAAACGACUACUGGAGAUUUCUAAUAGGAUCUUGUUAGGAAUGUGGAUAACAUUUAGAAUUUUAUUUUUAUCAAGUAUACAUAUGCAAAUUUAUUUUGUAUAGAGACCAUACUUCACCACAAUAGUGUACCAGAGUGCUUCCAUAUCACCCUGAGCCGGGCCCAAGGCUAUACACAGAGUAACGUCCAUGACAGGUGACUAACUGGCAGCGUCGACCACUAAGGCUCCCAGUCAAAGUCUUUCACCUCCUCACUUCCUGUAGAUUCCCAUAAAAGGGUGCCGUGAGAGGGCUCCACAUAGGAGACCUCAGAUUGCUGUCUUUCAUACAAGUCAGGGGCUUUCUUGCGGUGUCCCUCCUCAACUUACCAACAUCCUAUUGUCACGUGACCCUCUCCUGGCCAAUAGCAUUCCUCUAUUUCGCCCGAUCCCGUUCUCUCUAGUCUCCUGAUUGGUGGCUUCACUUUGGUCUCUGUACUCUUCGGGGAACUCUGGAAUUUGAUUGGCAAAGUGAGCACCAAUAGCAAGGAGGUUUGAUUCAGUACAUUCCCCUUUGCUGUUUGUUCAUCCAUAAACAUUUUUAGAAAGUAAGUACAUUUUAAUUGGAAAUGGCGCUGUGACUGCAACGAACAGCAUGACAACAGGGCCAUCAUGUUUGAACGGUGUCGUGCCUUUUCAUCUCUGUGGAAUCUUGCUGUAUAUAUAUAAAUAUAUACAUAUAUAUAUAUGUAUAUGAUUAUAUAAUGUAUAUAUGUAUAUAUAUGUAUAUACUGGGCGCAAAGAAUGCGUUUAAAGUUCUGUAGAUGGUUAAACGGAAGAUGUUUGCAUUCUCAAUAAGCAUUCCAACGUAGCUGCUAGAAGUGACUUUCAAUGUGUGAUAUAAAGAAAGAUCCCUUAAAUGUCCAUGACUGCGCGGAGAAAUUUAUUUUUUGUCCCAUUUGCUCUCUCAACAUUUCCCUCCAAAAUAUGGUAUUCCAUUUUAUUAUUCCGUAGUAGCCUAAUCUAGACCUAGAUUUUUUCCUAUUAAUGUCCGAUCUUUGACUCUACUGUGGUGUAUAGGCUUGUGCAGUUUUUACGAUCUCGCUACAAAUGCUCACAAAUCUCUGCUUUCAUAUGGAGAGAGAAAAAAGUCAAUUUAUAAAAAAACUGAAAACUGAGCACGGGCCUAGACCCUCUCUUUGGUGCCAGACUUUGCGGUUCUGUCCAGGCUGUUUACAUUUCCUAUAAGGAGUUUUUUAAAUGUAAGAAUAAACAAGCAUGUUUUUAAAGAAAUGCCUAAUAUAUAUGUAUAUAUUGUGAACAAAUUAUAAACAAAUAUUUUGUAUGUAAAGUGAACCAUAUGCAUUUACAAGAAGAGAUACACUCUUAUAAAUAACAUAAAAAAGUAAAUAAGGAUCACGAUUAUGCCAGUGGACAGAAUCGUCAUCUGGAUUCCUUGCCUUCCAACCACUUUCUCUCAGUGUUUCCUACGUCACUCUCCAUAUUGUGUGUUCGUGUGUCUGUGUUUAUCCAGUUCCUUCACUUUGAACUUGGAACACUAUGGAAAACCUUAUAUAGUUCAUCAUCCCUUGUCUUUAUAAGUGAUACACAUUUGACUUUUAAACAGGAUGCUUUCAAGUACAAAGAACAUAGAGACCCCAACUUGAAUGUAUUAAAUUACAGGCAGAUAAAUGGCAUCUUUUCUAUGUCACUUGUUUCAAUGAAAAAUAACGUUCCUACUACAUAUGUAUGUUUUUGGUCUAUUCCAAUUACACUGUGCUUCCGUCAUAUAUAUAUAUAUAUAUAUAUAUAUAUAUA